AUGGCUGACUUGGCCAAUCUGGGAGGCCCUGCCUUCGUGGCAUUGCCUUCGUCUACAGCCACCAGUCUGCGUGCCACAGGGCACUCGGGGCACUCGUCUCCCAGCUCAUCGGCGUCUCAGGGCCCACGAGCUGCGGCGGCUGCUACAGUGGCAGGGCUCGCUGCCUUGGCAUCGCAGGGCCCCCGCAGGUCGCGAAGGACGGCCCUGAAGGCUGCCACGGAACUUCCCACUGUGGACCGCGCCACCACGAAGCAAUGGAGGCGAGACCUCAUGAGGUCCGACCAGUACUACAAGUUUGGCAGGACCCAGAUGGAGAAUGCCAUGAAUCAGCUGCAGGAGGUCAGUGGCAGCGAGCUGCUGACCAAGAUUCGGCAGAAUGGCUUCCGCCUGACUGUCGGCGACAUCACCUUCGUACUGGCGGAGUCCUAUGGCUUCUGCUGGGGUGUGGAGCGAGCGGUCGCCAUGGCCUACGAGGCUCGAGAUUUUUUCCCAGACAAGAACAUCUGGGUGACGAAUGAGAUCAUUCACAAUCCGUCGGUGAACCAGAAUCUCUCCGACAAAGGGAUGCGCUUCGUGGAGACUACGAAGGAUGGGGGCAAGGAUUAUUCAGACGUGGAGGAGGGAGAUGUUGUCAUUCUACCCGCCUUCGGUGCGUCCGUCGACGAGAUGGCACUGCUGAAAGAGCGCAAUGUCCAGAUCGUGGACACCACCUGCCCAUGGGUUUCCAAGGUCUGGGCUUCCGUGGAGCGCAGCAAGGACAAGGAUCAUACUGCCAUCAUCCACGGCAAGUAUGACCAUGAGGAGACUGUGGCCACCAAGUCCUUCGCGUCGAAGUACAUCGUCCUGAAGAACAUGGCAGAAGCGGAGUAUGUUGCAGCCUACGUGCUGGGAGAGGGCAAUAAGGAGGAGUUCAUGGCCAAGUUCAGCAAGGCCAUGAGUCCGGGCUUCGAUCCCGAUGUAGACCUGGAUCGGGUCGGCGUGGCCAAUCAGACCACGAUGCUCAAGGGCGAGACCGAGCUCAUCGGCAAGCUCUUCGAAAGGACCCUCAUCAAGAAGUACGGUCCGCAAAACAUCAACGAACACUUCAUGUCCUUCAACACCAUCUGCGACGCCACUCAGGAGAGGCAAGAUGCCAUGUACAAGAUGUUCGGCGCUGAGUACGAGGCAAGCCCGACAUUGCCAGCAUCUUCGGACGAAGCGAUGAUGGGUAUGCAAGACUGUAGCCUAGCUUUGUCUCGCCGGAACGAAGACUGCGAAGCUGAACCAGCAAUGAUCUACUUAGUGCGGCUGAUUGUGCAUCCAGUCUUGAGCGAGAGUCAUUCCUCCACAUCAUACUGCUUGCCUGGCAUUCUGGGAGUAUGCAGAACAACAUGUGUGGCUUGCUGUCCCGCAGCCGUGAAGCAUCAGCGAUUACAAACUUUACUUGCUCACACCGCUGCCUCGAGAUUGCCGCGAGACUUGGAUGCACACUCGCGUCUUGUCUCGCUACGACGGAACGUUCAAAGUCUUUGCGCAUCGCCCGGAGGAUGGCUUCGAGGUCGACUUUGCGUUUUCUACUUGCUGCACUCCCGGUUUUCGAAGGGGCCUCCGAGCUCUGCGACGCAGGCGAUCAUGCUGCCGGACAUGGCAAUCAUGAGUGAGCCCUGGUGA